GAUGGGUGGAGUGAGAGUUUCUCAUAUGCACACGUAGACUAAAUCAGUACAUCAGUCAGAGAUCACACGUUCAACUGAUCUCAAUCCUCCCGGACCUCUCUCGCUCCCACUUUUUCUUCUUUUUAUUUAAUAAAACCACAGUAAAGGAUGGUGGCCAAGCAGAGGAUUCGCAUGGCGAAUGAGAAACACAGCAAGAACAUCACUCAGAGAGGCAACGUGUCCAAAUCCACGAGAGUCUCUCAAGAAGAGAAGGCAGUUGUGGGACCUUGGCUUCUAGCCUUGUUCGUCUUUGUAGUGUGUGGAUCAGCGAUAUUCCAGAUCAUUCAGAGCAUCAGGAUGGGAAUGUGAGCGGUCGUCAGCAUUGUUACAUCCGUUUGUUCUCUUCUCCCAGCUUUCCUGAAGAUCACUUGAUCAUUCCUCUUUUCCUAUUUAAUCUUGAUCUUUCAUCACAACACAACAGUCUCCUGUGCCUUACUCAAGCUGGAGGAACAUUAUCUUCUGAAGCAAUCCAAUGUGGGACUUCUGUUAUUAUUGCUGCUAAAUCCAAGGCAAUAAACUCAAAUGACUGAAUGUUUUUUUCUGUGGAAAAAAAAACAUGUUUGUUUAAAUGAAAUUUUGCAUUUGAAUUUUCUAUGUUGUAGGAUUUGGACCAGUUCAUGUUCAUUUGGUCCUAUGCACCUUUUGGUAGGACUUUUUUUUUCUUUGCCUUAAAGGAAAUGAAGGUCCACAUGUUCAGUUGUAUGUGUAGAGAACAUGAAAAAUAAUAAAGACUUUAAAAAUGUCA